AGAAGGAGUGUCUCGCGCCACUGUCCAUGUUUGUCUGCACAAAGCAAAUGUUAGAAAAAGCCCAGGCAACAGAAGUCGACUUGUGUGUGAAAAACGAAACGAGAUAAAAACAGCGUUUGCAAAAUAAAUAUAGAUUGAAGAAGAUAGCUCUAUAACCAGGAGAAAUGCCAAUAAAGGGUGGAGUGGUAUGCAUCAAGUAUUUGCUGUUUGGUUUCAAUUUUGUUUUUUGGCUUGCAGGUACGGCUGUGCUUGCUGUUGGGUUAUGGCUGCGCUUUGACUCCAAGACAAAAGCUAUCUUUGAAAUGGAUACGCACCCCACCACAUUCUACACAGGUGUCUACAUACUGAUCGGCGCUGGGGCUCUCAUGAUGGUCGUGGGGUUCCUGGGGUGCUGUGGUGCCAUUCAGGAGUCUCCCUGCAUGCUCGGCCUGUUCUUUGCUUUCCUGCUCCUCAUAUUUGCCAUUGAAAUUGCGGCUGGAAUUUGGGGCUUUUCCAACAAAGACAAAGUUGUUACUGAGGUAGAGGAAUUCUACAAAGAGACAUAUAAAAACUACAUCUCUACCAAACAGCCAGCCUUGAAGGAAACCCUGAAGGCUUUUCAACAUGGCCUGAAAUGCUGUGGGAUUAUUGGGGCUCUGGAUCCUCUUGUGAAGGAAACCUGCCCUGAAACAGACGACAUCAUUGCAACAGUAACUAUGCCGACCUGUCCAGCUGCCAUUAACGAUGUUUUCAACUCCAAGCUUCACAUCAUUGGAGGUGUUGGAAUUUGCAUCGCUGUCAUUAUGAUCUUUGGCAUGAUCUUCAGCAUGGUGCUGUGCUGUGCUAUCCGCAGGAAUAGGGAGAUGGUGUAAACGUAUCUGCCUGUGUCGAUGCCUUGCUGUUUUGAGAGGGAUGUUUGUCUAUUUCGCGAUCGCAGAUCUAUAUAUAUAUAUAUAUUGUUAAGAUUUAACUAAUUUUGUAAGCAAGCCUUUGUCUACUGUCAAACUAUCUUCUUAUUUUGUAACUUUAUGGGUUUAUUUUUUAAUUGUGUGUUCUGUUUGGUGCGUGCAAAAUAUUUGCAGAUUUUUUUUUUUAGCUAAGAUUUAAAUUGAUUUGAGUAACUUAAAUACAAUGAUAUUUUGAUUUUUAUGUAAGUUUAAAAAAAAAAACUGAAUGUCACACAAUGCCAAAUAAAUGAGUGGUAACAAGUAA